UCAGGGCAUUGUUUAACGGAAGUGCCACGGCCAGUCAUCCAAACCCGCACAUUGUGUAUAUGAUCGCGAAGGAGGCAAACAUCAUCGACUAUACAGGCACGAAGGAAUUUGCUGUUCCAGGAAUGGCUUUUCCUGGCGGAAUCUGCACGGACUACAACGUGGGUAUGGGAUUGGACGAUGCGAAGUAUUACCUUGGCAUAGAGCCUGCUGUACGUCUACUAGCACAGUUGCUAGGAGCUCCCUGGGACAACGACACUCUGCCUGGGUGUCAAUGGAAAGACAGCUACAUCAUGGGAAAUUACCUGAACUUAACUAAAAAUGCGUACAAAUUUUCGGAGUGCAGCAAGAAGGGGAUAAGGGACACUUUACGAGAACGCUUGCGCACAAGCAUGAAGCGGAAGGCAAAUGAGUCACUCAGUGAGAGCGAAAUUGGUGAGGCCGGCUGCUUUGAGUCGCCUUAUAGCUCCAUGGAAGCCGUCAGUGACAAAUUACCUGGGCAGAUAAUCAACGAGAACGAGUUCUGCAGAUAUGUCAUGCCAAAACCGCAGGGCUCCGUCCAGCUUUGUGGCGGGGACUUUAGAAGUAGGCAGUGGACGUACAACGAGUGCUUGACUCGUUGCUGUGACGUAAGCGGCUGGAUUGCGAAUCUGCAAAUUCCCUAUAGGUCGCUGGACGGGUUCCGUUGCUACAGGAGUACGAAGGUUUGCUAUGCGGGAGCUUGUGUGGACGCUGGAACAGACGUUGACAGCUACUGGUAG